CGAGAUUGGAACGCUGGGGGAGGCGCGCGCUGGGCUUCUGAUUUUGGCACGUGAACGUUUUAAAAAAGUUCGUUAAGUUUUCUUCAACGGUUUUCAGCCUCGGCCGGAGUGGCAGGAGAGGGUCAGCGGGAGGAUGACGGGGGUUAGACGGGCUUUCUGAACGGGGACUCGAACAGUAACGGGCAAGAAACGAGAGAAAGUACGUCUGCUGAGUCGUUCUAUGAAAAUCUCCGUCUUUCUGUGCGUGUGGAGAACAGUGGCCUCAGAGCAGCGGCGUUUCUGUAAACCAUGGCCGCCCAGCUUACCCCUCCGAGCAGCUACUCUCCUCAGCCGGACCCGGGCUCCCUCUCCAACAGCGAGCGGAGCGCCGACUCUCCGCUGCCCGCCUCCGAGGACGAUUUCAGCGGCCACGUCUCUCCGCCGGACCCGGCCUGGACGGAGGAGAGGUUUCGGGUGGACCGCAAGAAGUUAGAAACCAUGUUACUCGCAGCGAGUGGAGGUGAAGACUUCUUUCAGAAGGUAAUGGAUGAGACCAACACUCAAAUCACAUGGCCCUCCAAACUGAAGAUCGGAGCCAAGUCCAAAAAAGACCCUCACAUCAAGGUCAGUGGGAAGAGGGAUGAUGUAAGAGAAGCUAAAAAGAGAAUUCUGUCUAUCCUCGACACAAAGAGUAACCGUGUUACGCUGAAAAUGGACGUCUCACACACAGAGCAUUCUCACGUGAUUGGGAAAGGAGGGAAUAACAUCAAGCGUGUUAUGGAAGAUACAGGCUGCCAUAUUCACUUUCCUGACUCCAACAGAAACAACCAGGGCGAGAAAAGCAAUCAGGUAUCUAUAGCAGGGCAGCCAGCAGGAGUAGAGGCAGCAAGGGCCAAAAUACGGGAACUGCUGCCAUUGGCUCUGGUAUUCGAGUGUGGGGGUUUGCUGGAGCAGUUAGACUGUAACUCUCCAAUCGUCCAGCACAUCUCCCAGUCCUGCAAUGUCACCAUUGCCUGUAAACCGCCUUCGCAUCUCUAUGGCAACACUGGCGUUGUCCGCGGCAACCAGAGCAACGCCGCUGCAGUCAAGCGAGGCACUGCUCUCUUAUUGGAUCAUCUGGCCGGUUCGAUGGCUGGAUCUGUCCUGGUCAGCACUCAGCUGGACAUCGCGCCUCAGCACCACUUGGCUCUUCUGGGCCGAAAUGGAGCCAACCUUAAACACAUCACCCAGCGGACCGGCGCCCGCAUCCACUUCCCCGACCCCAGCACACACUCCCACUCACACACCAGCACACGCCGCUCCACCGUCUACAUCCAGGGCAGCAUAGAUGCUGUGUGUGACGCCAGACAACAGCUCAUGGGCUGCCUGCCGCUGGUUUUAAUGUUCGAUGUUAAGGAGGAAGUGGAGAUUGAGACCCACUGUAUUAACACAUUAAUGGAGCAGCUUGACGUCUUUAUCAGCAUCAAACCCAAACCCAAACAACCCAGCAAGUCUGUGAUUGUGAAGAGUGUUGAGAGGAAUGCAGAAAACAUGUAUGAAGUUCGUAGGCUGCUGCUGGCAGUGGAAAGCAGCUGUGGAGCAUCUCCCAGUAUCCCACUUUCUCUCAGUCCUCCUGUUUCUUCUGAAGCUCCUUUUCCUCCUGAUACUAGCAGCAUCUCGGUGAACGGACACAGCCCUGCCUCCCCCCUUCUUAACCCUGUGGGUCUGGAUAUCUUUGCCUCAGCUGGACUGGGGCUGAGCACUCUAGGCCUCUCUGGUUCCUCAGGCAUUUCUUCUCAUAACAGCUCUUGUAGCCCAAACCCAGUUCUGACUGGAAACAGUUCUGCUCUGAAUGGACCUAAUAGGACAGUCAGCACACUACAGGACAGCAAUCAGUCCAAUAACACACACUCCAACACCCAUGUGUACACGCCCACACUCUCAUCUAUACACAACCCCUCCUUCUGGACCACUACACUUAGUACAGAGAGUAACACUGCAGGGUUCUCCUCUGUUCUGAUGAUGCAGUCUGUCUCUCAGGGAUCACUCAGCGGUCUGCUGCUCUCUGGGGUCCACAGUUUCAGCCCGAGUCACACACACAAUCACACUCACUCUGCCACUCACUCUCAAGUCCACACACACACUCCUUCCCCUCCACCAGGACUGGCGCCUAUACACAAACCAGUCACCCCAGAGCAGCUCAAAACACAUAUUCCUGGGUCUGUGUACCAAGGAAUUUCGUCUCUUUCUGAAUCUUUACUUGGCCCCUCCCACUGCGACUCAGUCCAAGAGAUUAAUGGACACAGCCAAUCAGAAGCUCUCUCUAGCAAGUCUAGCUCAAAUGAAGGCUCAGAUACGUUUGUUGAAGUAGGCAUGCCCAGAAGCCCAUCUCAUUCAGCCAAUGGGAACGACCUAAAGCAGAUGCUGGCCUCCUGUUCAGUAUCACCUGGGAAACGGCCCAUGGAGUUGCUGCAGGGCAAAAAUACCCAUCUCCAUUCAGAUUGCCUGUUGUCAGAUUCAGAGGCUGAUGCAAUAGCUGAUAAGAGAGCUCCAGGCAGUGAAAGAGCAGCGGAAAGGAACAGACUGGCACCUCAUGUACAGGCAUACGAUUAUGAACAGAAGAAGUUACUUGCAACUAAAGCCAUGCUGAAAAAGCCAGUGGUGACAGAGGUGCGGACCCCCACAAACACCUGGAGUGGACUAGGCUUCUCUAAGUCUAUGCCUGCAGAGAGCAUCAAACAGCUACGCAGAGCCAGCCGUACAGCAUACAAACCUGCUGUCAGAACCACGUAUGAGGGUCCUCCUCUCUCCUGUGUGGGCAGUGGAGGAGCUUUGAGUAAUGGCAGCAGUGGGGACAGCUGGAGGGAGAGGAACGGAAGUGCUGCUUGUAACAGUAACGGAGCAACAAACGAGUUCCCCACGACUAUCAGCCCACCAGAGAGGAGCAAGAGCCGUACUGCUAUAGAUCAGUAUUUGAGCAGCAGUAACUAUAUGGACUGUAUCUCCUCCAUGGGUGGAAGUAAGAGCUGCUCUCUGAGCUCUUCUCUGAAAGGGACGGACUUGCCAGAGCUCUUCAGCACUCUGGGACUGGGCAAAUACAUUGAUGUCUUCCAGCAGCAGGAGAUUGAUCUGCAGACGUUCGUCACACUGACGGAUCCAGACCUAAAAGAGCUGGGAAUCACCACAUUUGGAGCACGCAGGAAGAUGCUGCUGGCUAUCUCAGAACUUAAUAAAAGCAGGUGGAAGCUCUUGGAGCCAGCAAACAUCCCCUCUUCCUUUCUGGAUGGCGGUGCAAGUGGACGACUCUCACGUCAGUUUCACGCUGACAUGGCGAGCAUUAGUGGACGCUGGUGAGCUCCAGUCCUCAGGACUCGGCCAUAAAAGGACUGCUCUACUGACAGUGCCUCUACCUGGGCUGCACACGCCCCUAACCCCACCCACGAGCCUGGUGCUUCUGAGUAUGUAUAGCAAAUUCUAUAGAAAUGUAAAGGCACCCAAAUUGCAGGUUUAUAAAAAAAAAAAAAAAAAAUCCUAUAGUGCCAAAAAAGAAAACCAGAUCCUCAGAUAUAUGAAGGGUUGGCUGCUAGUAUAUUGAUGGUGUUCUUUCUAGUUAUUGAUGAAGUUAAUCUAGUCUAAAUGUUUCUAAAAUCAUGAAGAUUUGAUGCAGUAUUAACAGGAAGUCUGUGCAGUUGUAGCAGGAAAAAGCAGAACAGACAUCAUAUUAUCUUUGGUACUCUCGCCGUUUCCGGGCAGGUAUCAGUUUAAAGCACUUUAAAGAAGCUUUACCUGUGGUUCUAUCUGACUUUGUUCUGUGUGUAUGUUGUGUGUAUGUUUUCCUAACCAGUAAAGGUUAGCACUUACUAAGCUUCAGUGUUCAGGCAGAGUUCAUGUAUUAGUCAAAGCCAUGUUCUUCAGUCCUCUGUAGACGCGCUCAGUAUUGUAAGGCUGCACUUAUUCAAUUAUUGUAUUACUUUACAAGCUUUUUUACGUUUUAAUGGGUCUAUUUUGUGUUUACCUUUAAAAUAUUGCGAGUUUACAUUUUCAGCACCAAUUAUUUUACAUUGGAUAUGAGUUGUAUUUUGGUUUGCUUGUUUGUUUUGGCACCCCAUCUUUAGAAUUACUAUACUUGUCCACUGGGGGCAGUAGAGAGAACAAUUUAAUAAUUAAAUUGCCUUAAGUAAUUGUUGCCCUCUGCCACAAAUUAACUUUUACUGUUCUAAACUAAUGUAAUACCAAAUAGAGUCUAUAGAGUUUAUUCCCUCCUGCUAAAAUCAGAGCUGAUAGGGUGUUAACAAUGAAAUCCCAAGCUUUUGUCUUGCAGCCUAGAAAUACCUUUAAAUAUAGAAGAUGCCACAGAAAACACUUUUUGGUUCCAGUAAGAACCAGGGUUGGGUUGACUCCCCUUUAUACCACCAAGUUGAGUCACAGGCUCUGAAGGUGUUCUGUAAAAUACAGCUCCAAUGCUAACAUUAGCAUCAGAUCCUUUAAAUUCAGAAAAUUGGAGCAACAUGAUUCCUUAAGAGUGUAUAGAACAAUAGAAAUGUUUAUGAAACAUCUUUUGGAAUCAAAAAUGGUUCUACUGUGACAUCACUUAAAAAAAACAAUUGGUGUCCUGUAAUACAUCACAUUUCUAUAAAAAAUACAAACAUUUCUCAGGGAAUUAGACAGUCAAGUUGGCCUUGUUUCAGGAUUAGCCUGUGCAUUAAAUACGGAACCCAAACAAAAAGUGCAAAGACGUUAUCUGGACAAUAGAGGACAUUAUAUGUGUUUCCUUCAUGAAUAAAUGCAAACAAACAUUAAUCCAGUGGAAGGUUUGAGUAUCCUAUGAGUUAGAAGAUCACAGGUUUGGUUUGGCUAUAGGUUUCUUCUUGAUGCCACAGCUAUUCAAAUAUCAAUCAACUUGUUGUCUUAUUCAUGAACUAAAUCAUGAGUUAUAUUAUUGCUGCAAAUAAUGCUGGAUACUACAGACUAAUACCAUUUAUAUUAAUGUUGUUUGUAGUUUUUAUCCUGAUAUUAUUAUAGUACAUCAAUCAGCCUUAACACAUGUAGGUCCCAUUUGUCCAUUUGUGCCUCCACAGCAGCUAUUAGCAUAAAUUUGACAGGAGAGAGUGUGUUUUUUAUAAGUUUUAUAUUUUCUGUUGGCCAUACUUUUAUUUUGCUGUUUUGUAUCAUUAUACUUUUAAUGUAUUUUUGUAUAUCUAUUUUUUUUUACUUGAGAAGCUUUUUGAUUUAUGUUCUUUAUGUUUUUAUACAAAGGGAUGAGCUCAGAAUUCCAAAUGUUCCAGUCAAAUGCCUUGUAGCCUUUGGAUUACAAUGUGUAUGCUUGUGAUUAUUUUCAGUGAUGCUUAUAGUAGGCUAACGGUAGGCAGGAGUGCACAACCCCAGUCCUGGAGGGCAUGUUCACAGCUAAAUUUGGUAGUUGCCCUAUUUAACACACACUUGACUCAACACAUUACUCAUAAUUAAUUCCUUACCAGGCAAGGUAGGUGUGGUUGGUAGGACAGUUACUAAACGUACUGUUCUUAAAGCUUAAAAUCUCCAGGACCAGACUGUACACCCUUGUUAUAGUGCAUUUAAAGUGCACUUUGGUAAUAUUGACACAAUCCUGAUUGUAUAGAGCCUUUCUUUGUUUAUGCUUCUGUUUUUAUGCAAGUCAAUGUUUAAAUGCACAAAAGGUACCAAAAUAGGAGUUUUUUUAUAGUUUACAUUUUCCAGUGAGAAUAGCCUUAAAUUUACUUAUCAUUUAAAUAUGCAGAGUAUUGAUGCAUAUAUAUAUAUAUAUAUAUAUAUAUAUAUAUAUAUAUAUAUAUAUAUAUAUAUAUAUAUAUAUAUAUAUAGAACACUCUUAAAAAUAAAGAUGUGGCAAGAUGUUUUUAUUUGUUCUUUAUGUGGUUCCAUAGAAGAACCACUUAAACGUGAAGAACCUUUGAAAGGUUAAACCAGUGGCUCUUAAUGCAUCCUGAAGUGGUCUUCUAUGGAAUCUUUCAAAGGACCCUUGGCAGCACCUUAAGUUUUUAGAGUGUACUUACACAGUACAUAAUUAACUGCAGAGAGCUAAAACAUAAAUAUCAUACACAGACUCACCUACAAAAGAAAUAUACAGGUUCUAAAAAAGCCACUGGAAAAAGAUUAAUUAAAAUCACCUUUUUGAUUCUACACUCACUGCUGUUGAAGUUGUAUAAUAGUUCUGUAUCUGUUUUUAUUUUUUGCAUAUUUUUUUAUCAUUCUCCUUUUGCUCUGUUUUUUAAUACUCAGGACCCCACAGGAUAGACCACCACAGAGCAGCUAUUAUAAUUUGGGUGUUGGGUUGUUAUUCUCAGCACUGCAGUGAUUGAUUAGCACUGAUUAGCAUGGUGGUGGUGUAUGAGGUUUUAGUGUGUGUUGUGCUGGUACGAGUGGAUCAGCAGUGCUGCUGGAGUUUUUAAACACCUCAGUGUCAGGACUGAGAAUAGUCCACUAACAGUGUCCUGUAGGCGACAUCUUGAGAACUAAAAGAAGAUCAACACUGUAAACUGUGCAGAUUCUGUCUCUGAUUUUAUCUACAAGGUGGAGCAGCUACUGUAGGUAGGAGUGUGUAACAGAGUGGAGGACAGUGAGUGAUUAAACACAAUGUUUAAAAACUCCAGCUGCACUGCUGUAUCUAAUCCAUUGUACCACUGUACCAGCACAAUAAACACAAAAACCUGAUACACCACCACCAUGCUGAUCAGUGUUGAGAAUAACGACCAAACACAAAACACCCAAAUAAUAAUAGCUGCUCUGUGGUGGUCUGUCCUGCUGGUGGUGUCCUGAAUAUUGAAGAACAGGGUAAAAGAAGAAUAAUAUUGAAGUAUACAGAGAAAUGCAGACAUAGAACUACAGUCUUUAAUUAUUAUAGAACUAAAAAGCGAUCCUGUAUAAUCAAAUGGACAGUGCAUGUAGAAACUAGGUGGUGAUUUAGAUGAAGUGAUCAGUCAAUGUGUUUACAAGUAAUAAUAUUAUGCCAAUGGCUUUUAUAGAACAUGUAUAUUCUUUCUGUGGAUGAACUGUGUUGUCCUUGAACUGAGUUUGUUUACACAGUGUUCGACUUGAGCAGUAUCUCAAACUCUGACUGUGUUCAGCUGUGUUACUGUGUUGGUCUGUUGCCAGACAGUUGUUGUGGAGGUCUUUUUUCGUCUUUUAAGAAUCCACACCAAAGAAAAAGCUGAAAGGAGCCCCUCUUCUAAUAAUCUAAAAAAGGGAACCGUUUUUUUUUUUUUUUUUGCCUUUAAGAUUAGUGUCCCUAUAAUGGCAGAAAACAGCCGCUCCACUGUGAUUGUUACAGCGAUCAUAUCUCUAUGUUGUGGUACAGAGCUGUAUUCUCUUUCUCUCACAGGAAAAAAAAGCAAUAAUGCAUAAAAAUAAUGUGUUAAAAUAAAUAAAUGGAAAAACAAAAAACACAAA